CUGGUCUGUCUAGUGGGCUGACUUGCCAGUCAACAUGAAGGCUCUCCUAAUCCUGGGGCUUGUCCUUCUUUCUGUCACAGUCCAGGGCAAGAAAUGGGAAAGGUGUGCGCUGGCCAGAGAACUAAAAGCAAAAGGAAUGGAUAACUACGCAGGAGUCAGCCUAGCGGAUUGGAUGUGUUUGUCCAAAUGGGAGAGUGAUUAUAACACACGAGCCACAAACUACAACCCUGGAGACAAAAGCACUGAUUAUGGGAUAUUUCAGAUCAAUAGCCACUACUGGUGUGAGGAUGGCAAAACUCCAAAAUCAGUGAAUGCCUGUGGAAUACCCUGCAGUGCUUUGCUGCAAGAUGACAUCACUCAGGCCGUGACUUGUGCAAAGAGGGUUGUCAGAGAUCCACAAGGCAUUAAAGCAUGGGUGGGAUGGAAACGUCAUUGUCAAAACAAAGAUCUCAGAAGCUACAUUCGGGGUUGUGGAGUGUAACUGCGGAAUGUUCCUUCUUCAGCUCAUUUCUUUCUCACAUUAAGGGAGUAGCAGUUAAGUGAGAGGUCACACUACAAUUGUUUCCCCUUCAGACAAAUAAUAUUUUUACAGAAGCAGGAGCAAAUAUUCACCAAUGUGGUUAUUAUUUUAUAUUAAGCUUACAACACUUUUCAUUUUGCAAAUAGAACUGGUUGCUAGUGAAAAUUUAUCUAAAACCUUGAUUAUCAAAUACAUCUCUAUUACAUUCAGUUAUCAAAUAAAUAACCCACACUUAAUCCUGAAUGAUACAAGUACUCCCCAAUAUUAGACAAAAAUAUGACAAAAGAGUUAUUUCUUAAAUUGAUCUUAGGCAAAAUCCCAGCUGUGUAGGCAUCUGAUGUCUUCAUCUGUUGAUGUCAUCUCCAAAACCAGUAAUAAUAAUAACCACUCUUUGUUGGACAAUAUAAAAUGUUUAAAAGAGCAGAAUACCAAAUGGCUAAACAUGGAGACUGCCUGAAUUAUGAAUUUUGUUUUUAAAAAGUGUGUAUCUUACUAAAUUGCUGUUCCUUAAUUUUAUUAGCUUCAAGACUCACGCAUUAGGACUAAAUCUGAGGUAGAUAAGCUUGCAAGUAUUGUAAUAAUUACUAAUUAACCACAGUGUGGAACUAUGUUUGUUGUAAAAAAUGCAAACAUUCUCAUUAAAGGCUUUGCAAUGCAUA